AUGGCCGAUAAAGAGGGUGGCGAAGUAUCAAAAGGUUUGAAGGAGUUUGAUUUUGGGAAUCUUCAUGAAAAACUUGAGAGUGAAGAUGGAUAUAAGGACUCGGUUAAACAGGAAAUACAAAGUGUGCAAGACUCAAUACAGCCGAUGAGGCUGCGGUUCAACGAACUACUGAACAUGCUGGCGAUAAUAGAUCAAGAAACAGAAGUAUCUAAUCAAGAAAAGUUUUUGUCAAUACGCGCCAAAAUUGUCGAAUUUGUCUCCGAGUUACAAGCCUUUUCAAGCAGUUACGGAAGGCUGCAGCCGCUGUUUGACAACAUACAGCAGCAGCCUAAGGGUGGGAAAACAUCUAUUAAGUUCACUCCUCUCGAAAGAUUAAGACAUCUUAGCGACGCUAGUCUCGGAAAUCAGGCGAAGUCCGCUAGCGGUGGCUCACCGCCUGCCGCUGCGGUCGCUUCAGUCCCAACGACUACAAAACAACCCAAGUCCAGCACCAACACGCCUACGAGCAAUGCUGCCACACCCUCUGCGACUUUCAAUGCUGCUGCCAAAAAAUCCAGAAAGUCGCGGUCAAAGAAAAAUUCGCUUCCAACCGGGUUAGGCGGUCACCCUGUGGCUACUGCUGCGUCGCCUGCAGCAGUAGCCGCCGCAGCCGCCGCUGUUUCUACAAAUCCUGGUGUGGCCAUGGGAUCAAACCCUGGUAUCCAGCAACAGUUCACUCCCUCGACCAACCCGACCCAAAUCUUGUCUAGCAUGUCGCCUAUGAACAUGAUGAGCAGUCCGAUGAACAUAAUGUCACCCGCAAACAACGUCAAUAUGGCAUACACAGGGCCUACAAAGCCCCCUGUACCGAGCCACCGUCACAUGCCCUCGAGCUCUCAGCAGAUGAAUAUGAACGGCAUAACACCGGCUAACAUUUUAAACAUGUCAAUGAUGGAGCAAGCAAACCAGCCGCACUUAACUACAGCUCCGGCCCCUCAGCCACCAAAUCAGUUGGACAUGAACAAUCUCGACUUAAACAAUUUGGAUCUGUCCAAUCUUAAUAUGGACUUUUUACAGUGA